AUGGGUGUCCCCAAGUUCUUCAGAUGGCUUUCCGAGCGGUAUCCCUCGAUCUCACAGCUGAUUGCGGACAACCGCAUUCCCGAGUUCGACUGUCUUUACCUCGAUAUGAACGGAAUCAUCCAUAACUGUACUCACAAGGACUCGGCCGAAGACACAACUUUCCGCUUAAGCGAAGAAGAAAUGUUCAUAAGGAUAUUCAACUAUAUCGAACAUUUGUUCGGAAAGAUCAAGCCGAAGCAGCUUUUCUUCAUGGCCAUCGACGGCGUCGCGCCCCGAGCCAAGAUGAACCAGCAGCGUGCGAGGCGUUUCCGCACAGCGCUCGAUGCCGAACAAGCCCGUGAAAAGGCUUUGAAGGAAGGCGUCGAGAUGCCAAAGGAGGAGCCAUUUGACAGCAACUGCAUUACCCCUGGUACUGCGUUCAUGGCAAAGUUGUCGCAACAGCUGCGGUACUUUGUGAACAAAAAAGUAUCCGAGGAUUCGGACUGGCAAGGAUGCGAAAUCGUCUUGUCCGGUCACGAGGUUCCGGGAGAGGGCGAGCACAAGAUCAUGGAGUACAUUCGCAAUGCGAAAUCGCAGGACGGAUAUAACCCCAACGUGCGACACUGCCUCUACGGUCUGGAUGCCGACUUGAUCAUGCUGGGUCUUCUCAGCCACGACCCUCAUUUCUGCUUGUUGCGUGAAGAGGUCACAUUUGGUCGCGCGUCAAAGACCAAAUCCAAAGAGUUGGAGCAUCAGAAUUUCUACUUGUUACACCUUUGCAUGGUGCGGGAGUAUUUGGAGAUGGAAUUCCAAGGGUUGGAAGACGAGGGGAAGCUUAGCUUUCCGUAUGACCUGGAAAAGGUUAUUGACGACUUCAUCCUGAUGGCCUUCUUCGUCGGCAACGAUUUCUUGCCUAAUCUCCCCGGACUGCACAUCAACGAGGGUGCGUUGGCCAACAUGUUUGGGACGUACAAGAAGAUCCUGCCACAAUGUGACGGGUACUUGAACGAGAAUGGUGUUAUCAAUAUCCCACGUCUGAAGAUUCUGUUGGACGAGCUGAGCACAUACGAACUGCAGCAAUUUGAGUCGGAGGUUUCCGACGAGAAGUGGUUUGCAUCUAAACAAAUGGAAAAGAAGCUGGCGGCAAAGAACAACACCGCUCACAAGACCCCCAAGGGCGGGAAAAUGGUCAUAACCUCGGCACAGCGUGACCUUUGGAAACAGCAGAUUCGCCCCUAUGUUUCAAAGCGGUCGAGUAAUCCGCUUGACCUGGGCGCAGGUCUGAAGGCCGAGGAUCGCAAGUUCGUGCAGGAUCUGGCGGACUCUAUGCACCUCGAAUGGGCCACAAAGGAGGACGAUGAUGGCCAACGGCACUUGAUUGUCUCUUUCCCCCCCAAACCUGUCGCAGAAGACGCGGACGACGACAAUGAAGAGGAUGAAGACGAAGAAGGCAACCUGGCUGCAUACCGCGUGAUGAAGAGGUACGACAACGCAAUUGUUGUCGACGUGACUUCGCAAGACUCGCAGAAGCAGUACGACGAAUUGUAUCAGCAGAAGUAUCAGGGGUGGAGGACCAAAUACUACCUGCAAAAAUUCGAAGAAUGGGCGCCGGAAAAGUACGAUCAGGAGCUCACGGCGUUGUGCGAGAACUACGUACAAGGUCUCCAGUGGGUAUUGUACUACUACUACAGAGGCAUUGCCUCUUGGCCAUGGUUCUACGGCUACCACUACGCGCCUUUGAUUUCCGAUGUCAUCAAGGGCCUCAAUGCCGACCUCAACUUCAAGUUGGGCCAGCCCUUCAAGCCUUACGAACAGCUGAUGGGUGUCUUGCCGGAUCGAAGCAAGAAGAUUGUGCCUACAGUGUACCAUGACCUCAUGACGAACCCCAACUCGCCCAUCAUCGACUUCUACCCCCGCGACUUCGAGCUCGACAUGAAUGGCAAGAAGAUGGAGUGGGAAGCCGUUGUCAAAAUCCCGUUCAUUGAUGAGAAGCGUCUGCUUUCUGCGAUGGCACCUAAGAACGCUCUGCUCCCGGAAGAGGAAGCUGCGCGCAAUGGAUUUGGCGUGCCUAUCAAAUUCACGUACUCUGAAGACGUCAACUACACCUUUCCUUCUUCACUGCCUGGCAUCUUUCCAGACAUACAGUCUUGCCGCUGCAUUGAGAACAUCUUCGAUCUGCCGAGCAUGGAGGGGCUGCAGUACGUGUCGGGCUUAGCCGAUGGUGCCAUGGUUAACGUCGAGGCACUUGCUGGCUUCCCCACGCUGCACCAUUUGCCCCAUACCGCACAGCUGGUCGAAGGAUACGGUGUAAACGUGUUCCAGCAGGACAGCAGGAACCCAAGUGUUAUAGUCACCCUCACAGACACGGACACUCGCUCCAAGGUGGAGACUUGGAAGGCCAAGCUCGGUCAGCGCUGUUAUGUCGGCUAUCCUUUCUUGCAGGAGGCCAAGGUUAUGAAGGUUUCUGACGAGCUCUUCACGUAUGAGCUAUCGGAAGAUGGACAACAAGUGAUGACAAGAGACAACAACAACCGCGACGCCGCCGAGGUCGCCAAGGAAUCUGACUUCUUGGAAAGCUGGCAUGGGAAGCGACUGGGUAUCACGAUUGGUCAAGUCGAGUGCAUUGUGCAUGUGCACAUGCUCAAGGGCUUGAUCAGGACGGAGGAGGGCGCUCACAUCAAGGAAUACGCGGAGAAUCCCAGCCAGAGAAAGACGUACGCUGCCCAGACAAUCGUCGACGAAGUUGUCAACGAGGAUGAGCGCUUCAUCGAGAAGGCUGCUCUGCCCAUCGCUGAAGAUUUCCCCACAGGCACACGUGCCUUCUUCCUGGGAGACUAUGCCUACGGUCGACCAUUGGAGGUGACUGGCCAUAUUGGUCCAAAGGCGGAGAUCAUGGUAUCCAUCUUGAAGCAGAAGGAAGCCGACUUUGCUCGGUCCAUCAUCCACGCUGCAGAAAGAUCAAACCCGUACACACCUUCAUUCGCGGUUGCGAAGCAGCUCGGGCUGCACCCGCUUGUUCUGAGCAAGAUCACUUCGUCAUACCAAGUUCACAACAGGGCAGGACUCAAGUUGAACCUGGGUCUGAACCUCAAGUUCGAGGCGCGCAAGAUGAAGGUGCUCGGCUACUCGCGCAAGUCGCAGUCUGGGUGGGAGUUCAGCCCCGUCGCCAUCAAGCUGAUUGCUGACUACAUGGUUACUUUCCCUGAUUUCUUUGCCGCUAUUCAGAAGGAGGCUCAGAAGAGCGAGAUUAUGGAGACUGACCUGUGGCCUGACCCCGCACAAGCAGCUGCCCGAGUCAAGGAUAUUGCCGCGUGGCUCAAGCAGCAGGAGACCAACAAGUUCGAAAAGGUACCCCUCGAGGCCGAGCAGCUUGACUCGACAGUUGUGAUGGCGCUUGCCAAGGCUGGCGAGGAGGUCUUUGCCGCCUCUAGCGACUUUGAUAUCAAGAAGAUGCGUGGCGUGCCUCGCACUGCUCUGCUCAAGCCCGCUGAUGCCGAGCUUGUGCUCGGCAACCAAAAGUUCGUCCUAGGCGACCGCGUCUGCUUUGUUGCUGGAUCUGGCAAGGUUCCCAUUGCCACGAGGGGCACUGUUGUUGGUAUCAGCCGUACUGCGACUGCUCUGCUGCUCGACGUCGUCUGGGACACCUCGUUCAUGAGCGGGACCACCCUCAACGAGAGAGCGCCCAUGUUCCGCGGACAAACAGUGGCCUCGUCCUCUGUGCUCAACACGACGCACAGACAGGUGAUUUCCGCCUCGAGCAAAUCCCAGCAGCGCCAGCCUCAGGCAGCGUCCUUUGGUUCGCGCAACACGGUCACCGUCCCACAAUACACAGACGCACCCGCUCCAGCUGCACUGCGCGGUGGAUGGCGUGGUGCUCUGAACGGCAAUGGCCGUGGUCGUGGCGGACCGAACUCUCAGCGUGGCGGGCCGCAGCUCAUGCACAGCACGAUGGUGUAUCGAAACGGUCCCAAUGGUGAAGUCCAGCAGCACCAGUCGAACGGCGAUCAGUCGUAUCGUGGCCGCGGAGGGCAACAGCAGCAGAACGGCUUCCGUGGGGGCCGCGGACGAGGAGGGCCCCGUGGAGGUCACCAGGCCCAGCAGGGAGCCCCUCAAGGGCAGCCUAGCGGCGAGACGGGCGCCGUCUAUGGCAACGUACCGCCGCCUGCCGGCCUGGACGGCCAGCGUGGUCGAGGUCGUGGUCGUGGCGGACGUGGAGGUCGCGGACGAGGACGAGGCGGCCCCCAAGCUGCCUGA